GCCGGCAGCUCCGAUCGUGAUCUUUCAUAAACCCUACCAUCGCCGGUGAUUAAGAGCUGAGCUCAGGAAAUGAGUUUCAACAAAGUUCCCAACAUUCCUGGAUCUCCUGCUCUCUCUGCCCUUCUUAAGGUCAGUGUUAUUGGUGGACUUGGUGUCUAUGCCCUCACUAAUAGUCUCUACAAUGUCGAUGGAGGACACCGUGCUGUCAUGUUCAACCGAUUAACUGGUAUCAAGGAAAAGGUAUACCCAGAGGGCACACAUUUUAUGAUGCCAUGGUUUGAAAGGCCAAUCAUCUAUGACGUUCGUGCACGACCUUACCUUGUAGAGAGCACCACCGGUAGUCAUGACCUUCAGAUGGUGAAAAUUGGACUAAGGGUUCUCACACGUCCCAUGGGUGAUCGUUUGCCUCAGAUUUACCGAACCCUCGGCGAGAACUACAGUGAAAGGGUUCUUCCUUCCAUCAUCCAUGAAACCCUAAAAGCCGUGGUAGCUCAGUACAAUGCAAGCCAGCUCAUUACACAGAGAGAAGCUGUGAGCAGAGAGAUACGCAAGAUUCUGACAGAGCGGGCUUCUAACUUUGACAUUGCUCUUGAUGAUGUCUCCAUCACGACUCUCACAUUCGGCAAAGAGUUCACCGCAGCAAUCGAGGCAAAACAAGUCGCUGCUCAGGAAGCUGAAAGGGCUAAGUUCAUUGUGGAGAAAGCCGAGCAAGACAGGAGAAGUGCGGUUAUCCGUGCGCAGGGAGAAGCUAAAAGUGCUCAGCUUAUCGGACAAGCAAUUGCGAAUAAUCAGGCAUUCAUCACUCUGAGAAAGAUUGAAGCUGCGAGAGAGAUUGCUCAGACCAUUGCACAAUCUGCUAACAAGGUUUACCUGAGCUCCAACGAUCUGUUGCUUAACCUUCAAGAAAUGAACUUGGAGCCUAACCCUAAGAAGUAAAAGAGAAGGAACGAGUAAGUUUUCUUC